GUCGCAUUCAGUGACGUCACAUGGCACCGCACUCUAAGUACGUCAUCAAGUGCGACGAAAACUUGUCCGUAAAUUUGAGUUGUAUACAAAAGCCCGUGUUCUGUUUACGUGGAGUGAGUCGGUUUUGUCGUAAUACCCAAAGACAGAAUAAAGAAGAAGAAGCUGCCAUUUACCUUAACACCAAGAUGGAUGUAAAAGAGAAGACGUGUAUGGCUGACACUAAUUCCAUGGAGGUGAUGACCGCAAAUAUUAAGAAGGAGGAAUGUGAAUGGGAGUCUGCCUACUCUAACAAGGAAAGUGUCUGCAUUAAGGAUGGAAAUUAUGAACUGGUAACUGUUGAGGGGAUUAAAGAAGAGGUAGAGGAGACAUCUGGCGGGAUUGAGAUGCACAAGCAUAAAAUUAUGGAGCACGUUGACAUCGAGUUGAGGUCGGAAUCAUCACAGUCUGACACAAAGAGGACUGAGGACAUUUUGCCUGUUACAGUUUGCGAUCAACCACCACCUACACUCAAGUCUGGAGAAAGAAACAAACCUCACUGCUGUUCAGAAUGUGGGAAUCGCUUCUCUUUUUGGUCUGAGUUUCUGAAACACACUAGAAUUCACACAAAAGAGAAGCUGUAUUGCUGUGAUGAGUGUGACAAACGAUUCUAUGACAGGAGCCAUCUUCAGGACCACAAAAGAAUUCACACUGGAGAGAAGCCAUUUUGCUGUUCUGAAUGUGGCAAAAGAUUCUUUCGCAGGAGUACUCUUCAAAGACACAUUGUAAUUCACACAGGAGAGAAGCCGUAUCGCUGUAAUGAAUGUGGCACGCAAUUCUCCCAUCGCAACAACCUUCAGAGCCAUACAAGAAUUCACACCGGAGAUAAGACAUAUUGCUGUAAUGAAUGUGGCAAACGAUUCUGUCGCAUGAGUAGUCUUCAAAGACACAAUGUAAUUCACACAGGAGAGAAGCCGUAUCACUGUAAUGAAUGUGGCAUGCAAUUCUCCCAUCGCAGCAACCUUCUGAGACACACAAGAAUUCACACAGGAGAUAAGCCACAUUGCUGUAAUGAAUGUGGCAAAGCAUAUUUACGAAUGCGUGGUCUUCAGCGACACACCCAAAUUCACAAAGGAGAGAAGCCUUAUUGUUCUAAUGAAUAUGGCAGACAAUUUUCUGAAAACGGCCACACCAGUAUUCACACUGGAAUCUCCUGUCUUCAGAGUCACACCGAGGAAAAAACACAUUCCUGUAAUGAAUUUGAAAGACAGUUGAAACAUGUGAUUAACGUUCAGACUUGUGAACAAGUUCAUGCUGCAAAGAAACCAUACUGCUGUUCUGAAUGUGACAAACAGUUCAGUAACAGACAUAUUUUUGAAACCCACUCAAAAACUCAUGUAAAUGCAAAGACAUUUUCUUGUUCUGAAUGUGGAAAACAAUUCUCUGAUGAUGGCUGUCUUCAGAGACACAAAAAAAGUCACACAAGGAAGAGGCCAUGUGCUUGUUCUCAAUGUGGAAAACGAUUUGGUGACAAGACCGAUCUUUUGAGACAUGAAAGAAUUCACACCGGAGAGAAGCCAUUUUGCUGUAAUGAAUGUGGUAAACGGUUUUCACAAAUGUACUCUCUUCAGAGACACACAAGAAUUCAUACGGGAGAGAAGCCGUAUUGCUGUAGUGAAUGUGGCAGACAAUUCUCUGACAGGAGCCAUCUUCAGAGUCACUUGAGAAUUCACACUGGAGAGAAGCCAUAUUGCUGUUUGGAAUGUGGCAGACGUUUUACACGAUUGAGCUAUUGUCGGAGACACAGUAAAAUUCACACAAAAGAGAAGUAAGCAAACCUAGCCAUUGUUGAGAAUUAAAGUAUGGAAAGUAGUUUUGCCAUGAUGAAGUUUGGUGUACAUCUUGUAUAACAAAGCCCACCAUGUAAAGGUACUGAUCAAGACUUGAGUAGUUAGGUAGUGUGACAAGAAUUAACAAGAGACAUCACAAAGGUUUGGGGCAGCCACCCGUAAAAUAUGCCCUGCCAGCGCAAAUGCCUGUGUUUUUUGAUGAGUUGCGUUCAGGUUCAAGUCCAAAACGGAACUGGUUCAAAUGUGUAAAGAUGGCAGCUUUAAGGGUCGAGACUGGAAGUGACGUCAUUGUGACCGGAAGUGAAUGUCCUCAUUGGCACUGGAAGUGACAUCGUUGCCACCAGAACUGGAAGCGAUGUCAUCAUGGGUGCCGCAACCCAAUGGGAUUUACCUUGAAUGGUCUGCUAAAGAUUGCAAGAGAAAUUCAGUUCACCUCUCCACCCUCUGGUCUGGUCUGGCAUGGAAUUAUCACUAUUCAGGCCCAUUAUCUGGCCCCCAUUCUCAUGUGUGUGACAGUAGGUAACUUUUGACAACACCCUCCCCC